AUGUGGAGGAGACUGGCUCAGAUUCUGGGCCUGCUGCUCUGUGUACUGGGCUGGGGCUUGGUGGGCUGCACCCUUGCUAUGGACCACUGGAGGGUGGCCCAGCUGGGGGGCCAAGGGGGCUCCUCUGUGGUGGUGACAGCCUGGUUCUGGUCAGACCUGUGGAGGGACUGCUAUGAAGACUCAACCUCUGUAGUGAACUGUGUGGACCUCGGGAUGCUGUGGGCAGUCAAAUCAUACAUCCAGGCAGUCAGGGGGCUCCUGAUGUCCGGCCUUGUGCUCGGCCUGAUCGGCAUAGUGCUCACGUUCUUUGGACUGGAGUGCACGUACAUCGGAGGAGACCGGAAAAGCAAGGACAGGAUGUUAGUAACAGCGUCUGCUUUCCAUCUGGUCAGCUGUGAGUGGGAUUUGUUUGCAUUUACAAAGCCUCAGCGUAUGUGA